GUAAAGUUUGACGGUACAAGGUGCGACAGAGUCAAACUGCAGCUCCAUGUGUGGACGUGGACGGACAAAGGAUCCAAAUGGACAACAGGGACUGCAGUCGACCUCCGGCUCCUGCACAGCCUCAUGGUUUGUUAAACCAAGGAUCAACGUGUUAUCUGAACAGCGUGCUGCAGGUGUUGUUCAUGACCAGAGACUUCAGAGAAGCCGUGGAAAGGCACACGUGUGAAAACCCUAAAUCUGAGUGGAUUGACGAGCAACUCAAAGACUUGUUUGAUGAGUUACAGCAAAGGGAAGCAUACACCUAUAAAAUCACAAACAAGCUGGGCAUCAACAAUGUGAAUGAACAACGCGAUGCUGCUGAGUAUUUUGAGAAGAUUUUAUCUCUGACCAAUCCUGAUGCAUCACAGGUUUUCCAUGGAGAGUGCACACACAAGACCACAUGUUCUGAAUGUCACACGUGCAGCGAUGCCGAUGGACAUUUCUGGCAUCUUCCUCUUGAAUUGCCAGAUUCCUACAGUGAAGACUAUAGUGUGGUGGAUGGGGUUGAGCAAUAUUUCCGAACCUCACAUUUCGACGGAGAAGACCAGAUGUACUGUGACCCGUGUGAUGCCAAAUGUGAUGCCACCACUAAAUGUGUAAUGAAGCAUCAUCCAGAGGUUUUGACGCUGCUGCUGAAGAGGUUUGAUUUUAACUACUCUUACAUGAGGUAUGUCAAAAACGACCGCGCUGUGGAUAUUCCCUUCAUCCUACAGAUCCCAGAGAAUCAGACCUAUAAGUUGUAUGCAAUUGUGGACCACUUUGGUGAUCUUAGAAGUGGACAUUACAGGGCAACAGUCAAAUCACCGGAUGAUGAGAGAUGGUAUUACCUCGAUGAUGCCAGCGUCACACUGAUUAGCUGCCCGCCAUUCCAGGGUAAUAUCAUUGGGAACUCCUCCAGUGUUUAUCUCCUUUUUUACAAGAAAACAAAAACCCAUGAUGCAGAAACGUGUACUCGUGGAAUCAUCAAUAACGGUUCACCACCUGUGACAAGAGACGAGACUGCGGUUACGGAUGGAGAGGAGGGGGAGAAGGGAAUAGAAGUGGGUGAUGAUAGAACUGCAGAGGACAUCUCCAUGGGUAUAGAUCGACCUAAAAAGAGAGUAGAAGAUCAGGAUGAUGGAGCCAGGCAGCAAAGCAAUCACUUGUGCGGUUAUCCUCUAGCUGAAAAACCAAUGCAAGAUAAGGAGGAUGUAGUAAAAGAUGAUCAGGAAGGAGGUCAGACAGAAGCUGAGGAGCAGGCAGCACAGAGAGAACUGUUCCUCACAAACAAUCAGCUUAAAGACAGAGUAAAGGAUCAGGACUUUGGUGAGGCAGGGAAAUAUCAUAUACCAGAAACCAGUGACAGGCAUGACCAUCUUAACAAAGACGAUAAGACGAGGGAGAAGAGAGGAGAGGGUUCUGUUCUAGAUGCUCACACUGAAAAACAAAAGCAAAACGAGGGGAACGCACUGAAGGAUAGUGAGGACGGAGGACACACGGGAGCUGAUGAGCAGGUAGAACAGAGUAGAAUAGAGGAUCAGGAUGUUGGUGAUACAGGGAACAGUGGAGGUAUACAUAAGAGACUAGACACAAAUCGUGAGUUUAAAGCCGAUUCCAGUGACAGGAGUGCAACACACCAUCAUCGUAACAAAGGAGAUGAGAUGAGUGAAGAGAGAGUAAAGGAUCAGGACUCGAAUGAUGAGAGCAGUCACUCGCCUGAAUCUGAUCUAGAAGCUUUAAAGCAAAAGGAGGUGAACAUAUUGAAGGAUGAUGAAGAAGCUGAUGAGCAGGUAGGAGAGGAUCAGGACUUUAGCAGCGCACAAACAGAUGAUGUAAAACUGGAAACCAGCCACAGGCUUGCAAGACCUGAGCCUGUUUGCGAAGAAGAUGAGAUGAGAGAAGUACAGAGGGGAGUAUUGAAUCUGAAGAUGUCCAGGGUUGAAUCAAGUCAAGGUGAUGGGGAGGAAACAAAGGAAAAGUCCUCUUUAGAAAACCUUGUCCAAAUGGUGGACAAGGAGAAGGGAGAAAUAGAGGUUAAAGAUGACAGAGAUAGACAGACUGGAGCACAUCGACAAACACUUAGGAAAAGACAAUACUUUUCCAGAUAUGAUCUCUGCUAUCCUUCUGUUAUUGAGGAUAAAAGGCGAGCUCUGGAAAAGAGGGAACUAGAUGAUGAAGACGACCAGGAAGGAAUGACUGAAGGUGAUAGACAAACAACAGCGAGUAAACCUCUCUUGACAAAGUAUGAUCUCUGCUAUCAGGGUCUUCAGUAUAUAGCAGGAGUUGGUGACAGUGAACGGCAGAAAAGAUCAGAAGAGGACAGGUUGUCUGACAGACAUGAGCAGCAGAGACAGGAGAGGAGGGAUAGAAACCGAGGUAAGGAACAAAGUAGAAGAGAGGAUGAACCAGCACAAAGAAAAGAAACAUCUACAACCAAACGUGGCUUAAGUGCAAGUUUGGAAGAUGAGAACGAGAGAGAAGUGGAUGAUUUUAAACUGAACAAACCAGAGCAGCAAAUCAGUGUUUCCAAUACAAAACAUGAAUCCGUUAGUGCAGAGGAAAAGACGACACAGGGGGAUUCGAAGCCAAAAGAAAAAUCUGGAUGUAAAGAAGUCACAGAGGGUGGAGGUGGAUCAGGAAUAUAUUUGAAGAUAAUUGAGGAGGAAACUAGGAAAACACCUGGUGGUAAUCAAAUAAGUAAGAGCGAAACCAUAAGAAUGGAAAGAGUAGGAGAAACUGAAGAAACCCAAACAGAACAAGACUGAUGCAAAUGUUAUCUAUCACUGCUGCGAUCAUGAUUGUACUUGUAGUGUUUAGUGUACUGAGCAAUAAUGCAGGUUUAUGCAGAUAAUACACUGUCCUGGACCUUUGACCCUAUUUGGUUAAUGUUCUCUGAGAAUGUCUUUGUCAAUCUCUCUCCUCCCUCCCUCCCUCCCUCCCUCCCCCUCUCUCUCUCUCUCUUUGGUUUGAUUGAUCCAGUUAAAACAGAUUUUACAAAGACAAUAUCUCUGUCCGUUUUAUUCUUAGGGGUUAACGCUCAAUGUAAGUUAAGGUGUAGUUUAAGAUAAAAAAAUAUUGUGUGGAAAUUCAAAUGUAAACAUUUGUAUGCUGUGGAUACUUUAACUUUGAAUGUGUUCUUUUGUAUGUAACUGCUCCAAACUAGAGCUGUUGCUCUCCAUGUUGCUUACAGGCAAAUUACAUUUUCUUUUCUUUGAAACCAAUAGAUUGUGUCGUUAUUUACCAUAAACCAUUAGGGACUUUCAUUUAUUUUUUAAAGAAUAAAACUGUGUGGGGGAUCAUUGAAAACUGUUUCUUUAUAUUUGUGUCUUGCCAUAA